AUGAAUUGGGGCCCACUUCAAGAUGUCAAGUUCAUCCAGGUCAUGAACUCGGUGCUCGACAGUGAAACUCCUUGUGAGAAUGGUUUCCGUAAACGAAGUGCAGAUGUUUCAGAGUGCGUGUUCGCGUCUGAAGCAAGAUCUAAGAAAGACUUAGCAUGGCAUGAUGUUGCAAUGUGUCGCAACUUCAGAUAUUCGAGGGCUGGCGAACUUGAAGUUCUUGUACGAUAUGUUGGUUUUGGCAAGGUGGAGGAUGAGUGGGUGAAUGUGAAAAACGAGAUGCGAGAGAGAUCUAUCCCAUUGGAACCUUCAGAGUGUCCCAAGGUGAAGGAUGGAGAUCUUGUACUAUGUUUCCUGGAAAGGGGUGAUUAUGGCCUCUACUUUGAUGCUCGUGUAGUAAGAAUCCAGAGGAGGCUACACGAUGCGACAGAUUGCAAGUGCAUCUUCACUGUUCGGUUUCUCCAUGACAACUCUGAGGAAGAAAUUCAUUGGAAAGGGGUAUGCUAUAGGCCUACACAAGACAAUUCUACACAAGAGAAGUCUGUUGUCUUUCAUAAAUCCCCAAAACCUACACAAGAGAAAUCUAAUGUCGCCCAUAACUCCCCAGGACCAACCAUAGAACCGAGCCUAAGUGACAUCGAGAACUUGUGGCCAUGA